AUGUUCAAUAUCAUUGUUAGUGUUUCUAUUAACUUGUAUAUAGCUUAUGUAGAAACUGAGACUGGUGAGAAGAUUAAUGAUGACAUUGUGGGAGGUGGAAAAGCUGCUGCUGUUGAUAAUAUCCAGCCAUUUGAUGUUGAAAUUGAUGCUGAUGAAGCUGAAUCUGUGAAGCCUACUAAGAAGAGAAAGUCCAAAAACUCCAAGACCCCAGCUGAAGAACAUAUUCUGGUCGCUGCACACAAUACUGAGCCUAUCAAAGCUGCAGAUGGAGAAGAGCCUGAUAAGGUAUUGGGUUCUUUCAAGGAAAAGAAUGAAACAACAGAGGAAAAUAUGGAAGAAACUGGGAAGAAAUCGAAGAAGAAACACUCUUUGAAAGUAAACAAGUCCCCAGAAUUGUCAGUUGAGGUAAACAGUACUCCUUUGGAGGAGACUUGUCACAUCAACAGCACAAAUGAUUCGUUUGUUACACCAGCUAAGAAAGAUACUGAGACCGAUGCUUCACUUUUGAAAAAGUGCUAUGAGGAGAAUGAGGGUGAUAUGGGAGAUAAUUUUGGUUGCAGCCAAAAUCAAGAGAAGCCAGAUCAAAUGGGUGGUGGUGGUGGAGUUAAAUCUUUAAAGGAGAAGAGUGGGCUUGAUCUUCAGCCAAGCGCUUCCACUAAUGUUUCCUUGAGCUCAUUUAAAACGAAAGAGAGAAAAAGUGGCUAA